AUCGUCCGAGACAUUCUCUUUCUCUGAAGAUAUAUAUCAUUCCUUUUGUCCAACUUGCAUUCACUGUAAACACUUUACCAUCAACAUAUCAUCAAAGGGGAACCAUCAAAAAUGACUACCGUCGAAACCCAGCUCCAGGGGGUCUCCAUCCUCGGAUCCGUCAACAACGAACACCGCAAGAUCCUCACCAAGGACGCCGUCGCUUUCUUGGCUCUCUUGCAUCGCACCUUCAACAGCACCCGCAAGGCUCUGCUCGAACGACGAAUUGUCCGCCAGGCAGAGAUUGACCGCGGUCUCCUUUUGGAUUUCUUGCCGGAGACUAAACAUAUUCGUGAAAAUGAUGCUUGGAAGGGAGCUCCCCCGGCCCCCGGCUUGGUGGAUCGUCGUGUUGAGAUUACGGGGCCGACAGACCGGAAGAUGGUGGUGAAUGCAUUGAAUUCGGAUGUCUGGACCUAUAUGGCUGAUUUUGAGGACUCCUCGGCUCCCACGUGGGAGAAUAUGAUCAACGGCCAGGUGAACCUCUACGAUGCUAUCCGUCGUCAAGUCGACUUCAAGCAAGGAAACAAAGAGUACAAACUCCGCACAGACCGAACACUGCCCACACUGAUUGCUCGUGCUCGUGGCUGGCAUUUGGAAGAGAAACACUUCACCGUCGAUGGCGAGCCCAUUUCGGGUUCUCUGUUCGACUUUGGUCUCUACUUCUUCCACAACGCCCGCGAACUCAUUAGCCGAGGCACCGGCCCAUACUUUUAUCUUCCCAAGAUGGAGUCUCACUUGGAGGCUCGUCUGUGGAAUGACGUCUUCAACUUGGCACAGGACUAUAUCGGUCUACCACGCGGGACGAUCCGUGCCACAGUCUUGAUUGAGACUAUCACCGCUGCGUUUGAGAUGGAUGAGAUUAUCUACGAGCUUCGAGACCACAGUUCCGGUCUCAACUGUGGUCGAUGGGAUUAUAUUUUCUCCUUCAUCAAGAAGUUCCGUCAGAAUCCCAACUUUGUCCUCCCCGAUCGUUCUGCCGUUACCAUGACUGUGCCGUUUAUGGAUGCAUAUGUCCGUCUUCUUAUCAAGACUUGCCAUCGCCGUGGCGUUCAUGCCAUGGGUGGUAUGGCUGCACAGAUUCCUAUCAAGGAUGAUCCACAAGCAAAUGAUGUCGCUAUGGAGAAUGUCCGUAAAGAUAAGCUUCGUGAAGUCCGUGCUGGUCACGACGGAACAUGGGUUGCUCACCCUGCGUUGGCCAGCAUUGCUUCCGAGGUCUUUAACAAGUAUAUGCCUACUCCCAACCAGCUGUUCAACCGCCGGGAAGAUGUCCAUGUCACCGCAAAUGACCUCUUGAACACCAACGUGCCUGGCUCUAUUACCGAGGAUGGAAUCAGAAAGAACCUCAACAUUGGUCUGGGUUAUAUGGAAGGAUGGCUCCGAGGUGUCGGCUGUAUUCCUAUCAACUAUCUUAUGGAAGACGCCGCCACCGCAGAAGUCUCCCGCAGCCAACUCUGGCAAUGGGUCCGCCACAACGUCACCACCGCAGAAGGCAAACGUAUCGACAAGGCAUACGCCCUCCGCCUCCUCCAAGAACAAGCCGAAUCACUCGCCUCAAAGGCACCCAAGGGAAAUAAAUACCAGCUUGCAGCUAGAUAUUUCGCUUCUCAGGUUACGGGUGAAGAUUAUGCGGAUUUCUUGACUUCCUUGCUCUAUAAUGAGAUUUCCUCACCUGGAAAUGCUGCUAAGCUUUGAUUUGGGGAAUAGCAAUUAACGGUUUUUGGAAAGGCGUCUUGAUGUGUCCAUGUAUAUAAGUUUUGAUAUAUGUUAUAAUUCUCCUGGUUAGGUUCAAUUGAACUGUCAUCCUGACUUUGACGUUCCUU